GCAGCGCCCCAGGGAGCAGGGUUUGUCGAGCGCCCCGAACCCGUCCCGCCGCCCGUGCUGGGGGGACUGAGGCUCCCACCGUCCCAGCCCCGCCCUCACGUGAUCCGCCGCUCGCCUCUCAGCAGUGUGGCCCUUCGCGCCGCUGCAGGCCCGGCGCCCCCUGCUCAGGCUCCUGGGGGCUCGUAGCCGGACCGUUCCGCCUUAGCGGUGAUCAGACCAGAAACUGCCUAACGGAAACCUGGCUGGUGCAGCGCGGGCACGUGGCUUUUCCCUGUUGAAAAACGGUUGUCACGCAGCUGCCAGCGAGGUGCGGCUGUCACCUCUCCAGGGCAGCGUCAACAAGACCAGGAACGGACUCUGGCCCCGUGGUUCUCCUCAUGCUCUGUCCCAUCCCCCCUGGAAGGAAGCCCAAGUCCUGUCUUCCUUCUUUAAGAGUAAGGUUGGGUGGGGGUUAGCGCUUCCUAUUCCCGUUUCAUUGGCCUGUACAAAGAGGCUGGCAAGGUGAGACAAUGACAAACACUGAAAGGAACCCCAGGCACCAAAUGAUUUCUCAACUGCACAGUUUUGCUGCUACUGGAGACAAGAUCAGGUUGACAGCGCUAUGCAAUCAUUCUCCAUCCCUUAUCAAUGAAGCUGCUGAGAAUGGUUGGACAGCCUUGAUGUAUGCUGCCAGAAAUGGACACUUUGAGAUUUCACAAAUUCUUCUUGAAAAAGGGUGUGACAGGUCCAUUGUCAAUAAAUCGAGCCAGACUGCACUAGACAUUGCUAAAUUUUGGGGGUAUAAGCAUAUAGCUAAUUUACUAGCAAAUGUUAAGGGUGGACAGAAGCCUUUUUUCCUGCCAAACGAUACAAUAGAGUAUGAAAAUUAUUUUAGCAGGACACUUCUGGAUAGAAGGAGUGAUAAAAGAAGAGAUUCUAAAUGGUUAAACACAAAACAAAACCAUCCAGCCACAGUAUACAUCCUUUUCUCAAAUUUAAACCCAUUGGUCACUUUGAGUGGAGGGGAAGAUGGUUCCCAGCAGCCUGAAGUCAGGCUUUGCAGGCUGUGCCACAAGGAUGUAAAGGAAUACAUGAGCCAGACUGAAAAAGUCACCUUGAUUUUUCUUGGAGUAGAACUUCAGUUGUCUACUCUGAAUGGAGGAAUUCUGAAGGAAGAAGAUGAUGAUGGACUGGUUGCUUGGUUUGUCCUCAGCAUAGAUUCUACUUUUGCUGAACAGUUUAAACAGAAGCAUGAAGACUGUUAUUUUCUUCAUCCUCCAAUGCCUGCUCUGCUGCAGUUGCCUGAAAAAGAAGCUGGAGUAGUAGCCCAGGCCAGAUCUGUUCUAGCAUGGCAUAACAGAUACCAAUUCUGUCCAACAUGUGGCAGUGCAACCAAGAUUGAAGAAGGAGGCUACAAGACGAUCUGCUUAAAAGAAGACUGUCCCAGUCUUCAAGGUGUUCACAAUACAUCAUACCCAAGAGUUGAUCCUGUAGUGAUAAUGCAAGUCCUUCAUCCAGAUGGGAACCAGUGCCUUUUAGGCAGGCAGAAGAGGUUUCCUCCUGGCAUGUUUACCUGCCUUGCUGGAUUUGUAGAGCCUGGGGAAACAAUAGAAGAUGCUGUUCGAAGAGAAGUAGAGGAGGAAAGUGGAGUCAAAAUUGGCCAUGUUCAGUAUGUCUCUUGUCAGCCAUGGCCAAUGCCCUCCUCCCUAAUGAUUGGUUGCUUAGCUGUUGCAGUAUCUACAGAAAUUAGAGUCGACAAGAAUGAAAUAGAGGAUGCCCGUUGGUUCACUAGAGAACAGGUCGUGGACGUUCUCAUUAAAGGAAACCAGCGUUCGUUCUUUGUGCCACCAAGUCGAGCUAUUGCACACCAGUUGAUAAAACACUGGAUUGGAAUGAAUGCUAAUCUUUAAAUUCAAGGAACUGAGUUCUUAGAGUUAAAUUACUGUUUCCAGUGACUGCUAAUGUAAAUAAAUUUGAAAUAAUUGGUCAUUUUAGUGAAGUGGUGACCACAGUAGUUCUUGAGUUUCUUAGUCCUUUGACUCCUGAGAUAUGCUUGCACUCAGUGAUUCUUUUAAGAAAUUUGUUGGAGUGGGACAGUCACCCACUGAUUACCCUAAACAAAAAAAUCAACCUUAAAGAAUCAUUUUGAAGGUUUUUUUAUGAUCAGGUUAUUCUGCCCUUCGCUAUCCCUCCUUUUAUUUUCCAGCACUUGUCUGAGCUCUUCUAGAUCUACUAUUUUUGUUGAGACAUUAAGUUAAAAUCAGCCCUGAUGUAAGUUGUGACAUCUCCGCUGAUUAUGCCUGCUAUGUCUGAGAUUCUUUUCCUCUGUGUUUACCUGCAAGUUUGUUGUUUGUUUUUCCUUUUUCUCCCCUGUUUCCUCUUUCUUGUUCUAUACCUUCCUCGCUUUCCCUUUUUUUAUCCUCCCUCCCUUUUCCACGCUCUCCUCGCUUUUGGCCGUUGGUCACUCCCCUCUACCCCAAGGAACACUUAGCAUUACGUUCUAGCAGCAAUAUUUGGUUUUAAUUCUAGAAGCUUUAUUAGCAACAGGUAUCACAUGCUGGUAGUACAUUCAUUAGAAGCUAGGUGUGUAAUGCUUUUUAUAUUUUAUAUGAUUGGUGUUGCUGAUGCUAGAGUUUGAGCCAGCAAUCUUAUGUGGAUCCUGUCAACUCAUUAACAUAUUGUCUAAACAGUAUUUUAAAGGCCUUUUGCAAUAUUAGUUUGCAAUAAAUGUGGGUGAGGAUGGCUGCUCCAAAAGCCUAAAUAUUAGAUACUGUUAUAAGCAGCCACAGACUUGUUGACUGGUAGACAGCAAACAAGAUUGCAGUUGAUUGGCUUCUUUGGUCAGUGCAAAUUAGUGUAGAGACUUCAGAAGACAAGUAGAUUACUAGACAAAAAAGACACAAGAAUUAAUGACAUUUCAUCUAAAUACAAAAUAGUGUUUUUUAAAAUUUGAGAUGUUAAGGAAUGCUGUUUAUAUAGGUAAUAUAUAAUCAAAAAUGUUAGGUAACUUCAAUAUACCAGAUCUAAAUGUAAUGAAGAGAAGCCAGCAUUUUUAAACAAUAAAAUAUAAAUUUAGUGAUAUAUGUUUAACGUUAGUAAUUUACAGUACUGUUUCAGAUUUUGUGCCCCACCCCUUCUGAAACACUCUUAAUAUUUCAUACGCCUUUGGUCAGACAACACUCCCAGUAACAGCAAUAGCCAUUUAGGAGCAACAUAGCAAAAGGGCACCGAUACGUUGCUACUAGCAAGCAUCAUACUGGAAAGAUUUUUAUUUAAUAAACUGAUUACACAGAGAAUGUAGUGGUCUGAAGAGAAAUGCAAAUGACCUGAAGAAAUUGUAAUUAUAUAAGACUCAAACAUAGAAAUAGUGUAUUGCUUUAUGGGAUUCACUUAUUCAGAGUAAAUUAGAUGUCUUUGUAGAAAAUGUGAGACCAAACUUGACUUAAGU